AUGAACAUCUGUUUCGCAGAGUGUUUGGUGGAACUGUUCAAUGAGAGGGAUAUUAACAAACUGGUUAACCAGCUGCUGCGGGAUACCCGAGGGUAUGAUGGGUUGCUGACUUGGAAUUCUCUUUUGAAAGGAAAUGCGCAAGUAUUGACCGAAAGCGUAUUAGAUAAUUACGAUAAUCAAGGUUAUGAUAUCUGCUCGUUCUUGCAAGAACUGAUGGUUAAACUGUCACAAGAACUGGAUUUGGUGAAGGGGAUGAGAGGAAAAAGAUGCCGCUAUCAAUUUCAAAGUACUUUUGCCAGUAUCAAGGGUGGGAGUCACCAAUACUUGAUCGAGAGUCACGACCUAGCAAAGGCAGAUGUUAUAUUAUCAAGAUGCUUGUUUGUACUCAACGAGCAGGAGAAUAUAUUUAUCAAUGGCGACUAUAAUUUGGUGGGCUCUAUUUACUAUAACACCGAAUUGCAGCAUUAUUUCUAUGUCAAAGGAGAGUGCAGGUCUAAUCCAAACGAUCUACGUAGAGUGGAUGUUUUUCUUGAAUCAUCGUGGUCUUGA